UUAUAAAUUGCAAAUGCAACAACACUAUCUCACUCUAUCUUUUAUUAGUGCCUACCAAUUUUGUGUUACAUCACUUGCUUUUACCAUUCUUGAAAUAGCUAUGACACAAUCACUCUCUCCUCUUUUACCGGCUGCUCACACCGGCAGCCUCUCCUCUCCAUCACCGCGAUCACCGUCGCAGACUCCCCACAUCAUCCUUCAAGUUCCACAAAUUAACCGCAGGGCGAUUGUGGUUGGGUUAUGUGGUGCGCUAUGGAGUUGGAACGCUCUGAACGGUAAAGAGGAGGCAAUGGCAGCAGCAAGAAGGCCACCUCCACCACCACCUAAGGAGAAGAAUGAUCCGACAGUGAGUGGAGUUCAGGCGAAGGUACUGGCGAGCAAGAAGCGUAAAGAAGCAAUGAAGGCAUCCAUGGCUAAACUUAGAGAGAGAGGCAAACCUGUUGUUGAAGACGAAGAACCAUCUUCUUCUGAACAAUAAAUAGCAUCCACGCAAGAAGUGUAAAGAUUAGUAGUCAUCUUCUCUACCACAUUCAUCACCUAUCAUGUUAAUUCACACUACUGUAUUUCAAUUUAUUCUUAUGGUGACUCUGUGAUAUCAGAUCCAUAACUUAUUUUGGUUAUGAAAUCAUAACACUUAGCU